CUAUCGAUUUCCGAGGUCCCUGUAUUUACAAAGACUUAGCUGGCGCCGUGUCAACUACCUGCACAGAGCGAAUGAACGGAGCAGAUGGACGAUGAGCUGAGGUUGUAGAGACGUCUCUAAAAGAUAUUCAUGGCAAAUUACAGGAUCCCGAAAAGUGGGUCAGCUAUGUUUCCGACAACAAGUGACAACCACCGUGAUGGCCCUGAAGCUGACGCAAAGCAGCCUCAAACCACUGCAACAAAGGAAUACUGCGCACAGUUGCAGCAGUGGAUGUGGCAUUAUUACUCGGGGUCUGCUACCUGGCACAGCUGGCUGGCUCUGUUGGCCUUCCCCUUUCCUCCUCCUUGCAGUUUCCCUCUGCCGGGGGCAAGUAGUACUCGGACACCGUGUACACCUGCCUCGAACUCCGGCUGUGAACAGCAGGGUUCUGACACGGGAAACUGGCAGAGCUACCAGUACCAGUUCAGCUUCCCCGCAUCCUCCUCUCACCCAGGUGGUGCACAGGCCGUGCAGACCUCAGCCGCGUCCACGACCCAGCCUACUGAUGCCCGGCCAGCCCAGCAGCAGCAGAAUGGGAAUCCACCUCAGGCAGGACGGGAAUACACCAUCCCCUCUCCUCUCCAGAGGUUCCUAGCAGAGACAGUGGACUUCUUUAUCCUAUUUUGUGUGAAGGCCACCAUAGUGCUGUGGAUCAUGCAUUUGACUGGGAUGAAGGACAUUACCAAAUUUAUUACACAGUUCAUUGUGGAGGAGAUAGAUGAGAACACGUCCAUGGAGGACCUGCAGAAGAUGAUGGUUAUAGCUCUGGUCUACAGGGUGCUAGUGUGUGUCUACGAGAUAUUCUGUAUAUGGGGCGCUGGCGGUGCCACACCGGGGAAGUUCCUGCUUGGCCUGCGGGUGGUGACAUGUGACACAACCACUCUGGUCCAACCCAACCGAGUCCUUGUUUUCCCAGCAUCUAAUGUCUCCCUCUCUGCCUCUACAGUGCGGGCGCUGAAUAAGAACAUCUCUAUUGCCUUCCUCUUUCCCGUCUUCAUCACUCUCCUCUUCUUCCAGCACAACAGGACUGUGUAUGACAUUGUGGCGGGGACCAUAGUUGUUCAGCAAAGAGUUGACAGAUCUAGGAUGUGAAAACCUUGGCGCCCUCCUGUGGCUGUACUAAAGAAAUGACGGAUUGUCUGUAUGCAAGCAAAGUAAUUUGACACAUGCUGUAGACAUAUAAGAGUUCGUAACAUAGAGGCUUUAAAGAAGGGUGAAACAUGAUUAAGUUCUCUACUUUGCUGAUUUUUCUUACAUGCAUUAUUCUUCGAGGUGAUAAUGGAGAAUCAAAUGUUUGGCUUGCUAAUGAUUGUUGUGUAAUAUAGUGAUUAUUAUGCACUCACACUGAAGAAAGACUUGUCUGUAACCCUUCAUUGUGUCUAUGAUUAUUUUUGAUGAAGUAUUCUUUUGAUAUGUUUCUGCCAUGGUGAACUGUAACAUAAACUGUUUUUCCUGCAAUAUAUGAGGUUCAGAUGAGAAAUUGUGUUUGGGAGUUCUCUUGUGUGUUUAGACUUGUAGUGGUUGUGACUCAGAGCAGCUGUUCAG